AUGGAAAAGAAAAAUUCUCCAAAUCAGGCUACAGGCCGAUACAGUGAACUGUAUGCACCAGGAUCAUCCUCAUCUACAUCGCCGAAACUCAAACAGGACGCAAGUGUAUAUCAUGUAGAGGACGCGCGGGCAAUGGGACCCGAAAACAGAAAUACGGAAGUUUGGGAAUCAUCUCAUGGCAUGGAAGAGAAUCCAGCCUUUGAACAAGGCCACGCCUAUGAAUAUUUAGCUGAAAGCACAGUUACAACAUCGCCCAAUAGUGAGGACGCGGCCGCGCGCUUUCUGGGGCUCUCUGAAGGCGCGCAAUUUGCGGACGCUGUUGAAAAGCACAUGUCUUUGGUAGAAGGCGUGCGGCAAUAUCCACACGCGGCACUUUGGUCUGUGGUUCUUUCCUCUGCGCUAGUGAUGGAGGGCUACGACACCGCGCUACUUGCGUCUCUGUAUGCGCUUCCGGCAUUUGCACGGCGUUUUGGCGUCUAUAAUGAUGCAGCAGGUAUCUACGAGGUGCCUGCGCGUUGGCAGACUAUACUUGGCAUGUGCACUAACAUAGGAGAAGUGGUUGGUUUGCAGCUGGCAGGCAUUGCUGCAGACCGCUUUGGAUACCGGCGGACGUUAAUUGCUGCCAUGUUUGGAGUAUUUUGCUUCGUAUUCGUGUUAGUUUUUGCGAAUUCGUGUACAAUGUUGGCUGUUGGCGAGAUACUAUGCGGAGUGCCGUGGGGCUGCUUUCAAACGCUCACGCUUUCGUAUGCAACCGAGGUGUGUCCUCUGGUUCUAAGGUACUACCUCACCACUUACGUCAACGUGUGCUGGGUAUUGGGCCAAAUUCUGGCUGCAGCAGUAUUGCGUGAGUCUCAAAACCAUCUUGCCCACUCGGAGUGGGCAUUCCGACUUCCAUUUGCGUUGCAAUGGGCAUGGCCCUUGCCCCUAGCGGUAGGCAUCUACCUCGCACCCGAGUCGCCGUGGUGGCUUGUGAAGAAGGGUCGCUUCGUGGCCGCGCGUGUCAGUUUAGCUCGCCUUGUCACGGGCCUGGAUUUGCGCUCGAAGAACGAUGCCAUCGACGCCAUGCUUAAGCGCAUGAAGCUUACCACUGAAAAGGAAGAAACGCUUUGCCGCGACGCUCGCUACGUCGACUGCUUCCGUGGAGUGGAUGCGCGCCGCACACGCAUUGCAUGCUUAACAUGGAUCACGCAGAACGCGUGUGGCAGUGCAAUGAUGGGCUAUUCUACGUAUUUUUACGUGAAAGCCGGGCUGAGCGAGGCACGAGCGUUUGAUCUCACCGUCGCCCAGUACUGUUUUGGCUUGCUCGGAACAAUCGCCUCAUGGUUUAUUGCAAGAAGAUACGGCCGCUUCACGAUAUUCAGCACCGGACUCGCACUGCAGUCGUUACUUCUACUGUCCAUAGGUAUGUUUGGAUUGUUUUUUUCGUCGCAAUGGGCGAGCAGCAUUGUGGGUGCAUUACUCCUGUUAUUUGUAUUUGUUUAUGACGUGGGCGUAGGCCCUGUCACGUACUGCAUUGUACCUGAGAUCCCAUCCACUCGACUCCGCACCAAGACCGUCGUGCUCGCACGAAAUUGCUACAACACAAUGGGCAUUCUCAACGCAAUAUGGACCCCUUAUAUGUUGAACUCGACUCAGUGGAACUGGGGUGCCAAGACGGGGCUUUUUUGGGGCGCAAUAGCUGCAAUUAUGCUUCUAUGGGCGGUGUCAGACUUACCUGAGACCAAGGACCGCACUUUUGGCGAGAUAGAUGAGCUUUUCGCCCAAAAAGUGCCGGCACGUGGCUUCGUCACGACAUCUGUGGAUCCUUAUGAUGGGGCUCGACUUAUGGGCGAACUCAACAAAGAUCAAAUAAGCAGGCUCGUGAGCACCGAGUCCGGUCCUUCUCUUGAGUAG